AUGGCAUCCUUGUCUAGCCAGCCAUCAAAAAAGGGUAUGCGAAGCUCGAUCGGUGGUGGCUCUAACUCUGCAGCCAGCCGUAGUUCUAGCGGCCAAACCGUCAAAUUCGCUAGGCGAACAUCGAGCGGUCGGUAUGUUAGUUUGUCAAGAGAAGACCUUGACAUGUCUGGAGAAAUCUCGGGGGAUUACAUGAACUACACUGUCCACAUUCCUCCCACUCCGGACAAUCAACCUAUGGACUCCUCUGUGGCUGUCAAGGCUGAAGAGCAAUACGUUUCGAAUUCCCUUUUCACGGGAGGAUUCAACAGCGUCACACGAGCUCAUCUCAUGGACAAAGUCAUCGAUUCCGACGUAACUCACCCUCAAAUGGCUGGUGCCAAAGGCUCUGCUUGUUCAAUGCCAGCUUGUGAUGGAAAGGUCAUGAAGGACGAGAGAGGGGUUGAUGUUACCCCUUGUGCUUGCAGGUUCACAAUAUGCAGAGAUUGUUAUUUGGAUGCCCAGAAAGAAUCUGGUCUUUGUCCAGGUUGUAAAGAGCCAUACAGAGUGGGAGAUUAUGAUGAAGACCAACAAGAUUAUAGCAGUGGAGCACUACAGUUACCUGCCCCAAAUGACUCGAAAAGAGAACGAAAUAACAUGACUAUGAUGAAGAGAAACCAAACUGGAGAAUUUGAUCAUAACAGGUGGUUGUUUGAGACUCAAGGUACCUAUGGUGUUGGAAAUGCUUACUGGCCCCAAGAUGAUAUGUAUGGUGGUGAUGAAGAUGAUGGAUUUCGUGGUGGAAUGAUGGAAUCCACUGAUAAGCCUUGGAAGCCUUUGAGCAGAAAAACUCCUAUCCCUGCAGCAAUCAUUAGUCCAUAUAGGUUGUUGGUUGUUAUUCGAUUAGUGGUGCUAUGUUUUUUCUUACAUUGGAGAUUAGUUCAUCCAAAUGAAGAGGCAAUAUGGUUGUGGCUAAUGUCAGUGGUGUGUGAGUUAUGGUUUGCUUUCUCUUGGCUCCUUGAUCAGAUUCCUAAGCUAUGUCCGGUUAACCGUUCAACCGAUCUCGUUGUUCUCCAUGAUAAAUUCGACAUGCCUUCUCCAUCAAAUCCCACCGGCCGCUCUGAUUUACCAGGUGUUGAUCUGUUUGUUUCAACAGCUGAUCCCGAAAAAGAACCGCCUCUUGUAACUGCCAACACCAUCCUUUCCAUUCUAGCGGUUGAUUAUCCGGUGGAGAAGCUAGCAUGUUAUGUCUCUGAUGAUGGCGGUGCUCUUCUUACUUUCGAAGCAAUGGCAGAGGCUGCAAGCUUUGCUGAUUUAUGGGUUCCAUUUUGUCGAAAGCAUAACAUCGAACCUCGAAAUCCUGAGAGCUAUUUCACUUUAAAAGUCGACCCGACAAAGAACAAAAGUCGAAUCGAUUUUGUUAAAGAUAGGAGGAAGAUCAAAAGAGAGUAUGAUGAGUUUAAGGUAAGGAUAAAUGGGCUUCCAGAUUCAAUUAGAAGAAGGUCAGAUGCAUUCAAUGCAAGGGAAGAUAUGAAAAUGUUGAAACACAUGAAGGAGAGUGGUGCUGAUCCUUUGGAUGCACCAAAGGUCCCCAAGGCAACAUGGAUGGCUGAUGGCACUCAUUGGCCUGGAACUUGGGCUGUCCCUGCUAGUGAACAUGCCAAAGGUGACCAUGCAGGAAUUCUUCAGGUAAUGUUGAAGCCUCCUAGUAGUGACUCAUUAAUGGGUGGCACAGAUGAUAAGAUCAUAGAUUUCACUGAUGUUGACAUAAGGCUGCCAAUGUUUGUGUAUGUAUCUCGUGAAAAAAGACCAGGUUACGAUCACAACAAGAAAGCUGGUGCCAUGAAUGCAUUGGUUCGAGCUUCAGCGAUUUUGUCUAAUGGCCCUUUCAUUCUAAACCUUGAUUGCGAUCACUAUAUCUUCAACUGCAAAGCCAUUCGUGAAGGAAUGUGCUUCAUGAUGGACCGAGGCGGUGAGAACCUCUGCUAUAUUCAGUUCCCUCAAAGAUUUGAGGGCAUUGAUCCUUCUGAUCGUUAUGCCAAUCACAAUACAGUCUUCUUUGAUGGAAACAUGCGCGCCCUUGAUGGAGUUCAGGGACCAGUUUAUGUAGGGACUGGAUGUAUGUUCAGGCGAUUCGCUCUGUAUGGUUUCGACCCACCACAAGUAGAUAGGAUCCAAAAGCUCGAGUCCCCAGAAACUCAUCCAUUAACACCUAGCGACUUUGAUCCCGAACUUGAUGUGAACCUACUACCUAAACGUUUUGGAAACUCCACAUUGUUGGCUGAAUCCAUACCUAUAGCUGAGUUCCAAGGGCGCCCUCUUGCCGAUCACCCUGCAGUCAGGUAUGGACGGCCACCGGGCGCCCUUAGAGUUCCCCGAGACCCACUUGAUGCCACUACUGUUGCUGAAGCAGUCUCAGUCAUUUCAUGUUGGUAUGAAGACAAGACUGAAUGGGGAGAUCGAGUGGGUUGGAUCUACGGUUCAGUAACCGAAGAUGUUGUCACCGGUUACCGAAUGCACAACCGCGGUUGGCACUCGAUAUACUGCAUCACCAAGCGCGAUGCUUUCCGUGGUUCAGCUCCGAUUAACCUCACGGACCGACUUCACCAAGUGUUGCGUUGGGCCACAGGUUCAGUCGAAAUCUUUUUCUCGAGAAACAACGCUUUCUUAGCAACCAAACGCCUCAAAUUCCUUCAACGCUUAGCUUACCUAAACGUAGGAAUAUACCCAUUCACCUCAGUUUUCCUCAUCGUUUACUGCUUUCUCCCAGCACUUUCACUCUUAUCAGGACAUUUCAUAGUCCAAACCCUAAACGUCGCCUUCUUAGUCUACCUUCUCAUCAUCACACUAUGCCUAAUCGGACUAGCAAUCCUAGAAGUGAAAUGGUCAGGAGUAGCAUUAGAAGAAUGGUGGAGAAACGAACAAUUUUGGUUAAUCUCCGGUACGAGUGCUCACUUAGCAGCAGUGGUUCAAGGAUUACUGAAAGUAAUUGCAGGAAUCGAAAUCUCAUUCACACUAACCUCAAAAUCAGCGGGAGAAGACAUAGACGACAUCUACGCCGAUUUGUAUCUAGUGAAAUGGACUUCGUUGAUGAUUCCACCGAUCGUGAUAGCAAUGAUUAACAUUAUUGCAAUAGUUGUUGCUUUUUCAAGAACAAUUUACAGUACUGUUCCGAAAUGGAGUAAAUUCAUCGGAGGAGCCUUCUUUAGUUUUUGGGUAUUAGCUCAUUUAUACCCAUUUGCGAAAGGGUUGAUGGGAAGAAGAAGAAAGACGCCUACGAUUGUGUUUGUAUGGUCUGGACUCAUCGCCAUUACUCUGUCUUUGCUUUGGGUCGCCAUAGCUCCACCCAGUGGGAGUAGUCCAGAAGCUACCACCGGAGGAGGAGGGUUUCAGUUCCCUUAAAUAUGCCAAAAAAAAGAAAAAAAGAAGAAUUAAAUUUUAUUGGUUUUGGUUUUUUGUUUUUUGUUUAUUUAUUAUUUUUUUUUUUAAUUUUUUAAUAUGUAUAAUUGUUGAUUAAAUUGUAUAAUUUAGGGGGGAAUAAUAUGAGAUUCUUUGUACAA